AUGGCUCCCGCCGCGACCGCGCCCCGGCUGCUCGGCGCGGGUGUCUGGCCCCGGGCGCUGCGGCCGCCUCUGCUCGGGACGGCGACCCCGGGGCGGGCCCGGCCCGGCGGCAGGACCUUGGCAGGCGCCGCGAUCCCCGCGGUCGGCGAGCCGGAGGGCAGCGCGGAUAUCAGCCACCAUAUCCUCAGUGAGCCUCUCAAGCACUCAGAUUUCUUCAACGUCAAGGAGUUGUUUUCUGUGAGAAGUCUCUUCAACGCCCGGGUGCACCUGGGACACAAAGCCGGCUGUCGGCACAGGUUUAUGGAGCCAUAUAUUUUUGGGAGCCGCCUGGGCCAGGACAUCAUCGACUUGGAACAGACGGCAGUGCACCUGCAGCUGGCAUUGAAUUUCACGGCCCAUGUGGCCUAUCGCAAGGGCAUCAUCUUGUUCGUGAGCCGCAACCGGCAGUUCUCACACCUGAUCGAGACCACAGCCCAGGACUGCGGCGAGUAUGCCCACACCCGCUACUUCAAGGGUGGCCUGCUGACCAACAGCUCUCUCCUCUUGGGCUCCAUGGUCCGCCUGCCGGACCUCAUCAUCUUCUUGCACACACUCAACAACGUCUUCGAGCCCCAUGUGGCUGUGAGAGACGCGGCCAAGAUGCACAUUCCCACGGUGGGCAUCGUGGACACCAACUGCAACCCAUGCCUCAUCACGUACCCCAUCCCUGGCAAUGAUGACUCACCCCCGGCUGUGCACCUCUUCUGCAGGCUCUUCCGGACCACCAUCAACCGGGCCAAGCAGAAGCGGAGGCAGAUUGAGGCCCUGGCUCCACUUGAGACCUUUGGGGCCCAGCAGGCCCACGGAGGACACGCAGCCUGUCCAGAGAGGACCCGGCAGGAAACACGCUUGUCUUGGACUCUGAAAAGCCUCACUCAUGCCUUGAAUCGGGUCCUGUGUGCAUCGGAUGCUCCCAUGCCAGGUGACUUUUCGUUCCCUACCAAACUAUGCCAGGGCCGGGCGGCUUCCUCCACUUCACUGUUUCUGGAGCUGCUUUGUAACCUAAGGCUGCAGGGCAAGUCCCCGCAGAGGAGCACACCCAGGUUGGAACAAACCAGCAAAGCAAACCCCAGGAUUCCCACAGAAUAAAAUUUAGGUUUGAACAAA